AUGGAGAAGUCAGAUUCGCCUGUACCCAGCUGUGUGUCUGUGAAGUCAAUGAAUGAACCAGCAAACUUCACAGGAGAAUUUACACCCAACCCAAAAGUGAAACUGGAGAAGGCAGACUCACCUGCACCCAGCUGUGUGUCUCUGAAGUCAAUGGAUCAACCUUUACGCUUCAAUCAGGAUCAUAGACCUCCUGACUCAAGAGUAAAACUGGAGAAGGCAGACUCGCCUGCACCCAGCUGUGUGUCUCUGAAGUCAAUGGAUCGACCUUUAUUCUUCAAACAGGAACAUACACCUCCUGACUCAAGACUGAUGAAGUUGGAACGGUUCCACUCACCUGGACUACACUCAGUGGAUUCAGAAGACUUUAAAAGAGAAUCUAUUACACCAGCUCAUGCCAGUGAGUUGGCUGUCAGUCUCUUGACCAGCGAGGACUUCAGAUGUUCAGUCUGCACAGGUGUACUGAAAGACCCAGUGUCCAUCCCCUGUGGACACAGUUACUGCAAGCAGUGCAUCACCUCAUACUGGGAACAGCCUAGCCAAGCAGGCCGCUAUGCCUGUCCCCAGUGCCCACGCACAUACAGCUCCCACCCGGCACUCUGCUCAAACUCAGCCUUGGCACUGGUGGUCCACAAGCUAGAGCACUUCAGUCCUGUCCUGCCUGCCCAAAGCUACGCUGGUCCUGGAGAUGUGGAGUGUGAUUUCUGCACCGGGCGGAAACUGAAGGCUGUUAAAACCUGUUUGACCUGCACUGCCUCCUUCUGCAGCACCCAUGUGAAAGAGCACUACACUAUUCCAGCACUGCAGAGACACACAUUAGUGGAAGCUGUUGAAACCAUGGAGGAGAAAAUGAUCCACACUGAAUUGAAGGAGUCUCACAGGAGUGGCUCUGAUGAGUCACCAAUUUCCUCAAAGAAGAGGCGUGGUCAAGAGGAGGACCCAGUGCUACGAUUACAGCAGGAGAUUCUGUCUAAAGCGUUCAGGUUAUACCAAGGAGAUGUGGAGGUGGCCAUAGGAUGGUUCACAACCCGUAGCGGGAUCACAAUCUCCUUCUAUGUACCAGGUGUCACAGGAAGCACACUGCUACUCCAUAUGCCCUGGUGUCUUCUGGACACUGUGCUGGAAGACACAGGAAAACUUCUUGCCACGCCUCAUACAACCAUAUGA